AUAAGCAGAACUUGAACCAUGGUGAUUUCAAGAACUUACUUUGUUUCAACAGUUACAGUUCUUUUGUUAUCUGCUUCAUGGGCCACUUCAACUUCCAUUUUAGAUGACUAUAUGCAAUGCAUCUCUGCACAUUCUUUGAUAUUUUCUCCUUCCACUUUCUACACCCCUGACAACUCUUCAUUUUCCUCAAUCCUGCAAUCUUCUGCUCAAAACCUCAGGUACCUUGUGCCUUCUGCGCCCAAGCCUGAGUUCAUCUUCACGCCUUUGUGUGAAUCCAAUGUUCAAGCAGCUGUUAUUUGCUCCAAAGAAACUGGAAUUCAUCUCCGAGUCCGAAGUGGAGGCCAUGACUAUGAGGGCCUCUCUUAUGUGUCUCAAAUUGAAAAACCUUUCUUUUUACUGGACCUUUCAAAACUCCGCAAUGUCAGUGUUAAUAUCGACGAUAACAGCACUUGGGUUCAGGCGGGCGCCACCAUUGGUGAAACAUACUACAGAAUUGCAGAGAAAAGCAAAGUUCAUGGCUUCCCAGCUGGUCUUUGUACAAGUUUAGGCAUUGGCGGGCACAUUACAGGAGGGGCUUAUGGUUCCAUGAUGAGGAAAUAUGGCCUCGGUGCUGACAAUGUUGUCGAUGCCCGAAUUGUGGAUGCUAGUGGCAGAGUUCUUGAUCGGGAAGCCAUGGGCGAAGACCUUUUUUGGGCGAUAAGAGGCGGAGGAGGAGCAAGCUUUGGAAUUAUUCUAGCCUGGAAGCUGAAACUGGUUCCUGUGCCAUCAACUGUCACAGUUUUUACCGUCACUAAGACCCUGGAAGAAGGUGCCACAAAGCUCCUCUAUAGAUGGCAACAAGUUGUAGAUAAACUGGAUGAGGAUCUCUUCAUUAGAGUUAUCAUUUCGCCUGAAGCAAGCACAGAGCAACAAGGGAAGAGAACUAUAACAACCUCAUACAACGCCUUGUUUCUCGGCGGCGCCACCAGGCUCCUCCAGGUGAUGGAAGAGAGCUUCCCUGAACUGGGUUUAACAAGAAAGGACUGUAUUGAAACAAGCUGGAUCAAAUCAGUGCUUUACAUUGCUGGAUACCCAAUUACCACACCUCCUGAAGUUCUACUUCAAGGGAAGUCUUUGUUCAAGAACUUUUUCAAAGCCAAAUCAGACUUUGUCAAAGAGCCAAUUCCUGAAACUGCACUUGAGGGGCUAUGGAAAAGGAUCCUGGAAGAAGAGGGUCCACUGUCAAUAUGGACCCCUUAUGGAGGAAUGAUGAGCAAGAUUUCAGAAUCUGAAAUUCCUUUCCCUCACAGAAAGGGAACCAUAUUCAAAAUCCAGUACUUGAGUACAUGGCAAGAUGAUGAAAAGAAUGUGACGCAGCAUUUCGACUGGGUAAGGAGGUUGUACGAUUACAUGGGGCCUUAUGUUUCAAAGCUUCCCAGAACUGCAUAUGUGAAUUACAGAGAUCUUGAUUUGGGAGAGAACAAGGAUAAAAACACAAGCUUCAUUCAGGCAAGUAGUUGGGGAGCUAAGUAUUUCAAGGAUAAUUUCAUCAGAUUGGUGAAAGUGAAGACACAAGUUGACCCUGACAACUUCUUUAGGCAUGAACAAAGCAUUCCACCUCUUCCACGCAUUAGGGAGGUGGAGAUUGAAUAGAGUUAAAUUCAAAUUGAGUUUGUUCGAGUUUUCUAAGGUUUGAUUGGACUAGUAUAUGUAUAGUUAAAUCAUAAUUUUGAUUCUGUUGCUUGGUUUGAUUAUAACGAAUAAAACUGUCUAUCAAGUUUGCGAUA